AUGGCUGCUACCUCCCGGUUUGCCAGUCAAUACAAGAGGGAUUUGAGUACAGAAACGCUCAGAACAAAAGUUGCACGCAGAAAAUCAAUGCUUCAAAAGGAGAACAGACACAAGUUGUUUGAAAAGGGCCGACAGUUUGGAUUGGCAGAUGUCAAUGUUCAGCUCUCAAAAGAGAGGGGAAUUUCUCAACUAAAUGAAACAAGUGAAAUGUGCUCUCAAGAGAACCGCAGUGUAAAACAGAAACAAUCUACAAAUGCAGCCACCAAGAAGGUUAAUGAACGUAAGGAAAUGCUCCAGCGUUAUAAAGAAGAAAAGGAACUUCGAAAACUGAAAGAGCAGAGAGAGAAAGCAAAAAAGGGUGUGUUUAAAGUUGGCUUAUAUAGACCACCUGCGCCUGGAUUUCUUUCAUUUGUACCUGAAGAUCAAGUGAUAGUGAAGCCAAGAGAGAAGGCAGCUCCUGCUUUCUCCGGGAGGAUUACUCGAUCAAAGGCCAAGAACCAGGAAGAAAAAACUGUGAUACCAACUGCAUCUAAGCACUCUACGAUCUGUGCCAGCGGGCAUAGUGUGCGCCCUACACAAUCAGGACGUAAACAGAUAAGUACAGACAAAGCAGCUGAAAAAGAGAAAGUGUUGCAGACCGCAGUCCAGACAGCCUCAAAUGUGAGAAUCACCAGAGCAGCCGCCUCUGCAGCUAGGCAGGUGCUGAAAACAACCGCUACUGCUACUACUACUGGUAGCCAGUCACAGAGAAAGACAGCAAACGUAGGAAAGCAGAAGAAAGCAGUCAAAUCUGACAUCACGGAGGUAAUUCCUUCUAAACAUGAAGUGGAUAAAAAUGCUCAACUGGAUCCAGCAAUUAAAGGUUCUGCAGCUGAUUCUAAACAUUCAGUGUCAGUAGAACUUCAACAGGAAGAAACUGCAGCAGAAAACAAAAACAAUUCUGCUCCAGGGAGACCCAGGACACGCUCUUUUGCACCUCAAAACUUUGUGUUUCAGCCAUUAAAUGGAUUAGCGACCUACAAAGUUACACCCAUGACUCCUUCUAGGGCAAAUGCAUUUUUGACACCUAAUGCCUUCUGGGAUUUUUCCAAAUCUCCAGUUAAUAUAGUUGAAAAAUCCAGUGAAACUAAGGCACAAGAGCCUGAUUUAAAAAGUCAAGUUUCACCUGCUGGUAAAGGCAUUCAAGAACAGCAAACCGCUACAAGUUUGAAAGAAGAAAAAGCAAGUGACUCAGAUGAGAAAACUUCCAUUCAAAGGUCAAAUGAAACACGUCCUGCCUCUACAGAUAUAACAGUGCUUGAAAUAAAGUCAGAUGAUAUAAGAGAGCAAGGGCAUGAUGUGCCCUAUUUCAGAAACAUUCUUCGGUCUGAGACAGAGAGGCUGAUGUCUCAGUGCCUCCAGUGGGAUGGAAAACUUGAGUUGGAUAUUCCAGAGGAUGCUAAAGAUCUUAUUCGCACCACAAUUGGUCAGACAAGACUGCUGAUAGCAGAAAGGUUUAAACAGUUUGAAGGACUGGUGGAUAACUGUGAAUUUAAACGAGGUGAAAAAGAAACAACGUGUACAGACUUAGAUGGAUUUUGGGAUAUGGUUAAUUUUCAGAUUGAAGAUGUGAAUAAAAAAUUUGAUAAUCUGAAGAAGCUUCAAGACAAUGAGUGGCAACCACUUGAUGUCCCAAGCAAAGUAAUUGUCAAGAAAAAGACUAUUCCAAAUAGAGUGUCUAAACCAAAGCUGGGAGCAGCUGCAAGAACUGCUGCCCAAAACCGGCUUGCUGCUGUAAAAGCAGCUAUGAGGGAUAAAAUGAAGCAUGAUGGAGCUGUUGAUCAUACACAUCAGGAGAAACUACCAGAAGUAGAAAAAGUGGUUUUUGAAGCAGGAUUUUUCAGAAUUGAAAGCCCUGUGAAAACCUUUCCAGGCUUGCUUUCAAAGACACCUCGCAAAUCUUCCCAUCGGACUUCUGAAGAACUGGCAACUCCAAGAUCACCCAGCAGAGCUUUGUUUCAGAGCAUUCCUUCUGUUCUUGGUAACCCUGAGGAUAUAACUACAAAACAAACACCACCAGUGCUCAAAGGCUUCCACCCAGCACAAAAUUUGAAAAUGCACGAAUUUCCCACUGGAAAAACUUCCCCACUGGAAAAACUCCCUGGUGGUGUUCUUGAACAAAGCAUUUCCAUAGUUGUGGAAGAUCUCUGUCCUGUUGCUGGCACAGCAGAGACAACUAAGAUGCUGGAAAAUUGUAGCGGUGAAUUAAAAGUAACGGAUGACACAGAAGAGAUGGAACUAUCUGCUGCAGAACAACAAGGACAAGAUAUUGUCAUGUGCAGUCCGGAGAAGGAGACCUGCAGAGAGACUAACUUUGCUCAGUCUGGAGAACCAAAACCACAUCAAACAGAUGUUUCAUGUAGUGAUUUGACUUUCAUUGGCAGAAAUCCUUUUGAUAUGCCAAUGCUAGAUACUGAGCUUCCCUUCACUCCAGUCAAGAUCAAAGCCCAGAAGUCUGCAACAGCCGAAGCACUCAGUGACCUUAUUGUAUUUUCUCCCCUUCCUCCCUCUGGGGAGAAAUGA